GUCUUCAGGCGCCAUUAAGUAUUCGUGCAUGUGUAUAUGAAUGGCGGUGAAAUGUUAGUUGCUAGUCAGUAACAAUUACAAUUUGAGAGUUAAGUACUAUAGAGUGCGCGAUGGCCGAUUCGUCAUACGAGAAAGGAUUGACCGAAUUGUCGAAAAUGAAGGUAACAGAUUUGAGAGCUGAAUUAAAGCAAAGAGGAUUACCUACUACAGGAAAUAAAAAUGAAUUAGUUGAAAGACUUCAAUUGGCAAUUCAUGGUGAAUCUGCACUUACUCUGGAUGAGACUGCUGAAGAGAUUUUAGAUGAAGAUGAAGUACUUGGUGAUGAAGAAAUAGAAGAGUUAUCCAGCAAACCAGAUUCACAAGUUGUUCCUCAAAAACGAAAAUUGUCUAUGGAAAGUACAAAUAAUACUAGUGCAAAAAAAAUAAUACUGAACCGUAAACCUGCCCUGGAAGAAAUCAAGAAUGACCAAAUAGAAAAAGAUGAUAAUAAACAUGUAAAAAUAUCCGAAGUUACACCUCCAGAAAAAAAGAUUAUCAAAUUAUCACAGCUUGGCAUAAAAGAAAGAUUAGAGAUGAGAGCAAAGAAAUUUGGCGUACCGUUAUCCGAGGCAGCAAAGAAGGAAGCUAGAUUAGCCCGAUUUAGCAUCAAUAAUCAAAAUAACAAAUCAGCUGCAUCCAUAAAAACACCUGUGCCUACCACUUAUGAAAUCCUCAAGAAACGCGCGGAAAGAUUUGGAACUUCCGUGUCUACAUUAAUGGAAAAGGCUGAAAUGGCCGAACGAUUAGAAAAAAGAAAAGCCAGAUUUGGCGAAGUAAAACCUACAGAGAAUAAACUAUCUUAUAAUAAAUUUAAGAUUGUUAAAUGAUACUCAGUGUUAUAUACUAAAAUGGCGAUCUAGUUUUUACAAUUUUUAAUUUAAGUUUUCUUAUUUCCUCAAUAAAAACUACUUAAAACACGUA